UCAGGCAGAGGAGAGGAAGCAGGCAGAGAGAAAGCAGGGAAAGAUUAUCUUUGCAGAAACGGGCCUGGAUUCCUCUGAGGCAGAGAAGACUCCAUUGGAGACCAAAGAGAGACCACUGGGUGUCAGAAUGAUGCUGGCAAGAGAUGCUUAUCCAUCUUUGCAUGAAGGCAGAGAAGCAGCAGCUAUGGAACCAGAUCAGGGUCUGGUGUGCUUUGAAGAUGUAGCUGUUCAUUUCACAGAUGAGGAAUGGGAGUUGCUGGAUCCUGACCAAAGAGCUCUGUAUAAGGAAGUAAUGGAGGAGAAUCGUGGGAUCAUGGAUUCUCUUGAUGGUGAUGAAUCAGAAAGGAAGAAUGAGGGAGACCAAAUCUACACAAUGGAGAAGCGGUAUCAAUAUUUGGAGCGUAUAGAAAGCUUCAGAAGAAUUCAUACAGGGGAGAAACCAUAUCAGUGCUUGGAAUGUGGAAAGAGGUUCAUUCGGAAAUCGUAUCUCCGUUCCCAUAAAAGAACUCACAGCGUGGAGAAACCCUAUAAGUGCUUGGAAUGUGGAAAGAGCUUCAUUCGGAAAUCGUAUCUCCGUUCCCAUAAAAGAACUCACAGCGUGGAGAAACCCUAUAAGUGCUUGGAAUGUGGAAAGAGCUUCAGUCAGAAGCAUAAUUUCACUCUUCAUCAAAGAAUUCAUAGUGGAGAGAAACCAUAUCAGUGUUUGGAAUGUGGAAGGAGCUUCACCCGGGAGGACAAUCUGACUUCCCAUCAAAGAAUUCAUACAGGGGAGAAAUUAUAUCAGUGCUUGGAAUGUGGAAAGAGGUUCAGUCAAAGCACCCAUCUCAAAACCCAUCAAAGAAUUCAUACAGGGGAGAAACCAUAUCAGUGUUUGGAAUGUGGAAAGAGCUUCAUCCAGAAAAGUAGUCUCACAGGCCAUAAAAUAAUUCAUACUGGAGAGAAACCAUAUCAGUGUUUGGAAUGUGGAAAGAGCUUCAUCCACAAAGGAAGUCUCACAUCCCAUCAAAAAACUCAUACAGGGGAGAAACCAUAUCAGUGCUUGGAAUGUGGAAAGAGCUUCAUUCGGAAGCAAAUUCUCACUUCCCAUCAAAGAAUUCAUACAGGGGAAAAACCGUAUCAGUGCUUGGAAUGUGGAAAAAGCUUCAAUCAGAAGAGCAGUCUCACUUCACAUGAAAGAAGUCACAGCGAGAAGAAAGCAUAUCAGUGCAUGGAAUGUGGGAAGAGCUUUAGCCGGAAGGAUUGUCUGGCUUCACAUCAAAGAACUCAUACAGGGGAGAAGCCCUUUGAGUGCUUGGAAUGUGGGAAGAGCUUCAUUCAAAGAGCAGGUCUCGUGUCCCAUCAAAGAAUCCAUACAGGGGAGAAGCCCUUUGAGUGCUUGGAAUGUGGGAAGAGCUUCACUCAUAGAGCAGGUCUCAUGCACCAUCAAAGAAUCCAUACAGGGGAGAAGCUGUUUGAGUGCUUGGAAUGUGGGAAGAGCUUCACUCGUCAAGCAUCUCUUAUGCGGCAUCAAAGAAUCCAUACAGGGGAGAAGCCCUUUGAGUGCUUGGAAUGUGGGAAGAGAUUCAGUGAGAGAAUUGUUCUCAUGCGGCAUCAAAGAAUCCAUACAGGGGAGAAGCCCUUUGAGUGCUUGGAAUGUGGGAAGAGAUUCGGUCAGAGAAUUUGUCUCAUGCGGCAUCAAAGAAUCCAUACAGGGGAGAAGCCCUUUGAGUGCUUGGAAUGUGGGAAGAGAUUCAGUCAGAGAGCAGGUCUCAUGCGGCAUCAAAGAAUCCAUACAGGGGAGAAGCCAUUUCAGUGCUUGUAAUGUAGAAAGAGCUUCAGUCGGUACUCCCAUCUCAGUUCGCAUCAAAGAACUCACAGCAAGGACAAACCAUAUCAGUGCAUGGAAUGUGGAAAGAGCUUCGCUUGGAAGGAAAGUCUCACUCCCCAUCAAAGAAUUCAUACAGGGGAGAAACCGUAUGAGUGCUUUGAAUGUAAAAAAAGCUUCACCUGGAAGGAAACUCUAACUUCACAUCAAAGAAUUCAUACAGGGGAGAAACCAUAUCAGUGCUUGGAAUGUGGAAAGAGCUUCAGUCGUAACUCCCAACUCAUUUCCCAUCAAAGAACACACAGUGGAGAGAAACCGUAUCACUGCCUGGAAUGUGGGAAGAGCUUUAGUCAGUGUGCUAUUCUUAGGGUGCAUCAAAGAAUUCAUACGGGUGAGAAGCCAUUUCAGUGUUUGGAAUGUGGAAAGAGCUUCACCCAGAAGUUAAAUCUCAGUUUCCAUCAAAGAAUUCAUACAGGGGAGAAACCAUUUCAGUGCUUGGAAUGUGGAAAGACCUUCAGUCGGAACUCCCAUCUCAAUUCCCAUAAAAGAACUCAUAGCGAAGAGAAACCAUAUCAGUGCAUGGAAUGUGGAAAGAGCUUCACCUGGAAAGAAAGUCUCACAUCCCAUGAAAGAAUUCAUACAAGGGAGAAACCAUAUAAGUGCUUGGAAUGUAGAAAGAGCUUCACCCAGAAGGAAAGUCUUGCAGCCCAUCAAAGAAUUAAUACAAUUGAGAAUCCAUAUCAGUGCACUGAAUGUGGAAAGAGCUUCAGUCAGAGUUCCAACCUCAUGUCCCAUCAAAGAAUUCAUACAGGGGAGAAACCUUAUCAGUGCUUGGAAUGUGGAAAGACCUUCAGUCGGAACUCCCAUCUCAAUUCCCAUAAAAGAACUCAUAGCGAAGAGAAAUCAUAUCAGUGCAUGGAAUGUGGAAAGAGCUUCACCCAGAAGGAAAGUCUCACUUCCCAUGAAAGAAUUCAUACAGGGGAGAAACCAUAUCAGUGCACUGAAUGUGGAAAGAGCUUCAGUCAGAGUUGCAACCUCAUGUCCCAUGAAAGAAUUCAUACAGGGGAGAAGCCUUAUCAGUGCUUGGAAUGUGGAAAGAACUUCAGUCAGAACACCCAUCUCACAGCUCAUCAAAGAAUUCAUACAGGUGAAAAACCAUAUCAGUGCUUGGAAUGUGGAAAGAGCUUCAAUCAGAGGUCCAAUCUCAUGACGCAUGAAAGAAUUCAUACAGGGGAGAAACCAUAUCACUGCUUGCAAUGUGGGAAGAGCUUCAGUCAGCGAGUCAAUCUCACUUCACAUCAAAGAAUGCAUACCAGGACAAUCGUAGAAUCAUAGAAACGUAGAAUUCUGUAGUUGGAAGGGGCUCCAAGGGCCAUCUAUCCCAACCUCCCACAAUGCUGUAAUUUAAACUGACAGAUAGCCAUCCAACCUCCGCUUAAAAACCUGCAAAGAAGGAGAAUCCACCGUCUUCCAAGGAGUCGGUUCCACUGUCAAACACCUCCUACUCUCAGAAGGUUCUACCUGACGUUUACUCAGAACCUCAUUUUUUUGUAACUUGAAGCCAUUGAUAGGGCCCUACCCUCCAGAGCAGGAAAAUAUGAGCUAGCCCCACCUUCAAUGUGGCAGCCGUUUCAAUAUUUCAAGAUAGCUAUCAGACUUUCUCUCAAUCUCCUCUUUUCCAGGCUUAACAUAUUGAAUCCAGCUAUUCCUCAUGACUUUGUUUUUCUGAGCCUUGAUCAUCAUGGUCACCCUCCUCUGCACAUGCUACAGCUUGUCAAUAUUCUUCUUAACUUGUGGUGCCCAAAACUGGACAUAGAAUUCUAGGUGGAGUCUGACCAAGUUAGAUUCGAGCAUGACGUCCUUCUAUCCAGGCACUAUACUUCUGUUGAUGCAGCCCAGAAUAGCAUUUUCUUUUCUUUUUCGUUUGCUGGUGCUGCAUCUCACUGCUGAAUAAGGGAAGUGAGAGUGGAAGAAUAAAAAGCCUUGGAGUGGCACAUGGGUAUUCUAUCCAUGGGAAACACCACUGCACCAGCUGGAGGACUUCUCUAGCACCCAGAUCCCCAGUUCUCAGGAAGGGGAUCAGCAACAUGGAGAAGGACCACGGAGUGGUCAAGACCACAGCUAGAGACCCUGCCGUGGAAGCAGAACAUACAAGUUGUCUCAGCAGUGGCCUGGAGUUACCAACGGAUCUGGCUUGCUAUUUGGUGACUUGAGGUCCCACCCCCUGAAUGCUACACCUGGGCAGGUCAAGGGCCAGUGACUCCUCAUUGCUUUUCCCCUAUCACUUUCCACUUUAGCUAUGUCACACAUCCAUCGCUUUAUACAAGUUAUAUAAUAAGUUUAAAGUCUGAAGUUAAUUUGUUAAAAGUUAUGAAAAUCUAAUGAAAUUUUUAGGGAAGAAAGAAAGAAAGAAAGGUGUCUGAUCAUGGCUCUUUCAGACCUUGCCUACUGUGCAAAGCUAACAUUUACAUUCAUUGCUCCACCUACUUUUAUCUCUGGUCCUGCCCAUCACUCACAUGUGGCCCCUGGAAGGUUCCUCAGAAGGGAAUGUGGCUCUUGGGCUGAGAAAGGAAUGGAAGAGAAAAGGCUAGGCAGGCUGGCUAGCUGUCUGGCCGUUAACCCCCUACUGCCAAUGAAGACUGAAUCAGAAUGCUGGUCCAUGCAGCCCAAUGGAGUCCGCUAUGGCAGGAAGCAGCUCUCCAGGGUCUUGGGCAAAGAGAGGUCUACCCCAGCACUGUCCUAUGAUGCUCUUCACUGGAGGUGCAGGGGGACCUACCAUUGGGAGAAGCAGAAAGCGAGCUUGCUCCAUCUUCCAUGCAACAACCCUUUAAGGUGAGUCUCAUAUCACCUCUCAGCUUUCUCUCAGGCCAAACCUCCUCAGCUCCUUCAACUGUUCCUCACAAGGGUCUGAACUGGCAGUGACUUGCCAGAAAUGAGAGCACAACAUAAGAACCUAGAGGGAGCCUGCUGGAUCAGGCCAGUGGCCCAUGCAGACCAGCAUCAUGUCCUCGCAGUGUCCAACCAGAUGUCCAUAAGGGGAAACCCGCAAGCGGAACACAAGCGCACCCCUCCCUCCUGUGGUUUCCAGCAAUAGUAUUCAGAAGCAUCAUUGCCACUGACUGUUUGACGCCAGGAAAGUCCUCCUUCACACAGCAGAGAGUUAAACCAUGGAACUGUCUUGCCCAGGAAACCCAGCCAGAUAGACAGGGUAUAAAUAAUAAAUUUUAUUUAUAUUAUUAUUAUUAGCUUCUUC